AUGGAGAAGAACCUCAUCGUCCGCCCCGACCCUGUACCUACCACUGAGGCAUCUGAACCCCAGAGAGUGCUUCAGAAAGAAAGCCCCAUCUUGCCUCCUGUCGUGCCCAGUGUAUCUGCCAAGACAGGCUCCAAGCGGAAGUACAGUGUUGGGGAGGAUACGAGUAAAACAGGGCAGCAAACAGCUGAACCGCAAAAGUCGAAGAACAUUUCGGAACGUCCGCUCAUCGGACGAGAUCAUCAGACCGGGAAAACAUUGAAGGAGCUGGCAAGCAUCCGACGUGAGGCGAGGGAACGUAUGGCUCCACCCGUCAACCCAAGGAAGCCUUUGUCAGCAAAAAGCACGAACGAUGACGUGACUUCUCCGAUCAAGAUCGCAAAGGCUGCAGCGGCAGAGGGCAAAAUCGGAGUUGAGAAGGCAAAGCCGCGGGCAGCAAGAGAACGAGCGGCGCAAAAGAUCAAGGAGACUGAGGCUGGGGAGAACGACGUCGAUAAUGCGCCUGUUGAAAUACCCAUGACAGCCCCAUUGUCCCCGACUUCAGUUGUCAAUGUUCUCCCUAGCACAGAAGCUGUUCCCCUCGAAGCUGCUUUGCUUUCACCGGCUUCCCCAGAGCAGACGUCCAGAAUGAGCCUGUCUAGUGUCAGGGACACUCCACCGCCUGCCGAAAUAUCCUCUCAUGGGGAGACAUCACGACCAAGCAGGCGAGCUCGAUCCGCCGUCAGUUAUGCUGAGCCCAACUUGCGAGACAAAAUGAGACGUCCGACCAAGGAGCUUUAUGACGCAGUGUCUGGGCAGACUAGAUAUCUGCAGCGCGGUGGGAGCGCCAAAUCGGACAGUGCCACGCCAGACGCCACUGUCACGAUCAAGCGCGAGUCUGCCGACGGCGAUACGCUAAGGCAUAUUCCAUCUCUUGCGCCAUCCACAGUUGAUAACCCACAAAGAACGUCAAGCCCUGCUGAGAUGACAAGCAUGCGAUCGUUGGACACCGAACCUGGCCCAGCAAGGCCUGACCGUAAGAAGCGAACAUCAUCGAUGAUGUCGAGGUCCAUAUCCGAGACUGAAGAAGAGACAUCGGCCCGACAGGCUCAAAUCGCUUCUCCGAGUCGUUCCACUUCAUCAUCGUCCACCAAGGUCGUCGAUCCUUACGAUUUCACCACCUCGACCCCGGGAAGUGACAGUUCGCGCAUCAUUGAAAUGAAGGAAAGCGCGCCGCCAGCAAGACAAUCCAAGUCUUCGAGACGGCUCUCGUCCGUCGUGAGAGAGGACUUCAAGAUUGAAAGCCUUGAGGGGGCCGAGCGAGCAAAGACUGGCGUAUCUAGGAAGAGGGCUUCGAUGGUCCUGCCAAAGAGGACCCGAGCGGAUACGGAGGGCUCCGAAGAUAGCAGCUUCGAGAGCCUGGACGGUGACAUUCAGGAGUCGUCGAAAAUCUCUGUGAGAAGGAGGAGGAGCAUGAUGUUAUAA